AUGUGCUGCCCAGAUGUGUUUCCCACCUCCACCUUCCUCCUAGGACUCAUGUGCUUGACAGCUUUCAGCAACUUUGCCAAGACUUCUGCAGACUUCUCAGGUUACAUAUCACAGGUACUAAAGAAUUACACUGACCAUGCCUGUGAUGGAGAAUAUGUGUCCCUGAGAUGUCCCCACAGAACCACCAUCAGCAUCCAGUCUUCUUUUUAUGGCCGAAUUGUACCAAGUCAUCAGCUGUGUCCUUCUCGUUAUCCCCCCUCCUAUGCAACUUUAAUUAAAGAAGAUGUUGCCUGUUCAGUUGGCACUUCUCUUCAGAAGAUGCUGGACAAGUGCCAGGACAGGCGGAGCUGCCAGUUCCUUGUCAACAGCCGGCUGUUCGGGCUGGACCCCUGCCCCGGGACCGGCAAGUACCUCCUCGUGUGGUACAAGUGCAGGCCAAAUGAAUACAAGAGUAAAGUAGCCUGUGAAGAUGACAAGCUGAGGCUGAGCUGUAAGAAGAGCAUGGUGAUAGCCAUUUACUCUGCUGUCUUUGGGAGGACACAAGGAGGCAGCCUGGAGUGCCCAUACCAAAACCUAGGGAUGCCCAUGAUUGAGUGUCAGUCAGCUACUGCUCUCCAGCUCAUGAUCAAGCGCUGUCAUGGGAAAAGAAGCUGCAGCAUAUAUGCCAGCACCUACGAAUUUGGAGAUCCUUGUUACCCAGGCAUCCAAAAGCAUCUUAAUGUCAUCUACACCUGUGUUCCCAAGAAGCUUCUGCAUGAAACUCAGGCAAGACCAACUAAUCAACAAGAGUAUCAGAAGCCACAUUUUCCACUGCAGCCAAGAGUGUUUGACCCCAAUGUUAUAGGGGACGGCGUGUUCCUUUCGGAUGUCUCUUCUUCCAACAUAGAGCGAGCUCUCACAGCAGAGAAGAAGAAGGAGAGGUCAGCCACUUUCUACCCUGUAGACAACACCCCCCUCCUGCUCCCCGUGGAUGAGACAGAAGCGCCGGGGCUCAGCAGCAGCAGCAGCAGCAUGGAGCCCGUGGGCGUCGGCGCGGAGAUGGCCCUGCUCAGCAACAUCCUGGCAGCCUAUGCCUUCAUCACAGAAAACCCCGAGCGGGCUGCCCUGUAUUUCGUGUCCGGAGUGUGCAUUGGACUCGUGCUGACGCUGCUGGCCCUGGUGCUCAGGGUGUCCUGCCGGACGGACUGCAAGCGCUCCUCCUCCAAAAAGCCUCCUCGGGAGCGGGAGAGCGACAGCGACAGCAGCGACAGCGACGACGACUCGGACACCACGUCGGACCUGUCUGCCCGCAGGCACCGCAGGUUCGAGAGGACUUUGAACAUGAACGUGUUCACCUCGGCCGAGGAGCUGGAGCGGGCGCAGCGGCUGGAGGAGCGGGAGCGCAUCAUCCGCGAGAUCUGGAUGAACGGGCAGCCCGACAUUCCCGGCACCAGGAGCCUCAACCGCUACUACUGA